AUGGUUAUCAAGAAGUAUGAGCUCGAAGCCGCCUUGCAUGCCGAAAAGCAGCAAAUCCACAGCGGCCAGCUGAAGGAGGACAACCCGCUUGAUACUAGUGACGCCUUUCGUAUUUUCUGUGAAGCAUGCAGAAGGGGUGACCUCAAGGUGUGCCAGGAACAGAUUUCGGCUGGUGUCAAUAUCAACGCACGAGACAGAUAUGAUUACACGCCCUUGAUCCUGUCCGGGGCUCUGUGCGAGCGUGACACCUUCCAAGGUGAACGCUGUCUGUACAAUGCCCUGAACGACCGCAUCCGUAAUUUGCUACUGCAGUAUGACUACUCCAAGUCGACCGAUCCUUUGCAACCACUCGCUGCCCAUACGACUUCAUUGCUCUCACGACCAGAUCCAAAGACGGCCGACAUCACUGUCACAACUUACGACCGGGACUUUGCCCUGCACAAGUUCAUUCUUGCUGCUCGCUCUCCCUACUUUGCCGAGAAGCUCGCCCAUCAACCAGAUACCACGUCUUGGAAAUUGCCGCCCAAGAUCCCUUCGCAGUCCUUCAACUCUGUUCAAAAGGCCAUUCUUGCUGGUAUCGACAAGCUGGGCAAACAACUCGAGGUUCCCACACUGUUUGAGAGCAUCAUUGAUGCUGGCGAUAGGCGCAUGGCUAGACAGCGCAGGACAGAAGAGAUGGCACGUGGUCGCGAUCAGUUUGCCACCUGGUUCCAAACGAACGUGUUACGACACAAGGUUCAUACCGGCACUGAAAAGGCGGAUCAAGUCAAGUGGGAUAGAGACAACGCCAUCUUUGCCGAUGUUCUGCUCAGAGCUGAUGAGCCAGAGGACGACGCACUGGAUGAGUCUCAGUCGUCGCACAAACCGGUGCGCAAUACCGAGGGCCCUUUGAACGGAAUCCCUAUCGGAAACUUCUCGACAGAGCAAGCCUCGACAACAGUCCCACCACGCAAGUCCGUACUGUUCCCUGCACACCGAGCCAUGCUAUUGCGAUCCGAGUUCUUUAGCGCUAUGUUCUCGUCCAGUUUCAGAGAGGCUCAGGAUUCACCACACCUGCACAUCAUCCCAAUUGACUGUUCACCUCAAGUCCUGGAGAUUGUUUUGACUUAUCUCUACACAGAGAAGGCAGAUUUCUCGCUAGAGGUGGCUGUCGAUGUUCUCUUCGCUGCUGACCUCUUGUUCAUUGAGAAGCUGAAACAGCGCGCUGCCGUCAUCAUAUCCACCCUGGGUAAUGGUGGUGCUUCUGUUGUUGAGUCUGAGAAUCCUCGAGGCGAAACGACCGUCGAGGAUGUGGUAGAUAUCUACGAUGUCAUUCGUGCCGGAUGGGAUACACGUGUUCAUCGUCUCGAAGAGUUUGGUGCUCGAUACAUUGCCUAUCGAUUGGAGCGUUUCAUCGAUGACCCAGACUUUGCGGAACUGGUCAAGGAGAGUGCCUCGAGAAUUCAAGGACGUCAAGAAACCGAUACUGUCGAACUUAUCGAUGAAAUGGAAGACUCAGGACUAGAGCAAAUGACAGACGAGACAGAGACACUGGAUCCUGCUGCACUGCCUGGCAAGGACGUCUUUGAUCCUAGCGAAGUCAUGUUCGCAGAAGAUGAGGGCGUUGAUGUUCACUCAGGUACAACACCACCACAAGAUUUGCAUGACCAUGACAACCUAGUCAUUCGCACGCUGGACGGAGAGAUUGCUGGUGAUGAGUUUGCACAAGACGCUAUCAACUACCAAAUUCUUCUUGGCAAGAUUGACAGCCUUCUGGACAGACUCACAUUGGAUGCCUAG